CAAAAUUAACCUCAAAUAAUACAAAUAAAAAAUUCACCAAAUUUUUGAGUAAAUUUUUAGUUGCGCAUAUCAUGAUUAUCAUCCCAACGCUCGAAACUGAUGACCUUCAUUGUUCCAAAGUGACUUUCCAGUAUCGAUAAAAUCACUUUAGAGGGGAAUGAUUGCCUAAUUUUGCGUAAUGCACGGUUUAUAGUUUCAUUUUGUAAUUGCCGCUGUUACGGAAGAGCUUGAAAAUUGGUAUUUUUUAACCUUGAAUAACGUGCAACAGGUUGUCAAAAUGGCCGGAAACGUAAAAGGAGACAUAGGACUAAUUGGCUUGGCGGUAAUGGGACAAAAUCUCAUUCUGAAUAUCGCUGAUCAUGGUUUCACAGUAGUUGCAUUUAAUCGAACGGUAGAAAAAGUCCAUAGUUUUUUGGCCAACGAAGCCAAAGGUAAACGUAUUAUUGGUGCAGAGUCAAUCGCAGAUUUAGCGUCAAAAUUGAAAGCACCGCGCCGAAUAAUAUUGCUCGUCAAGGCUGGCCCAGCCGUAGAUAGUUUUAUCGAUCAGUUAUUACCCCAUUUGGAAAAAGGGGAUAUCAUAAUUGAUGGAGGCAAUUCUGAAUAUCAGGAUACAGAACGAAGGAGUAAAGAUUUGGCGGUGAAGGGUAUUAGAUUUGUUGGUUCAGGUGUUUCUGGAGGAGAAGAAGGUGCCAGAUAUGGUCCAAGUCUUAUGCCAGGUGGUAAUAAGGAAGCAUGGCCCUAUAUCAAAGAUAUUUUUCAAAGCAUAGCAGCCAAAGCGGACGGACAGCCGUGCUGUGAUUGGGUGGGUAAUGAUGGAGCUGGUCAUUUUGUGAAAAUGGUUCAUAAUGGCAUUGAAUAUGGCGAUAUGCAACUUAUUGGAGAGGUCUACCACUUGAUGUUGGCAUUGGGAAUAAGCCAAGAAGAAAUGGCCAAUACCUUUGCUGAAUGGAAUAAGGGAGAACUGGAUAGUUUUCUUAUUGACAUUACCAAAGAUAUUUUAAAAUAUAAGGACACCGACGGUCAGUAUUUAUUGCCCAAGAUCAGAGAUACAGCUGGACAGAAAGGAACUGGCAAAUGGACUGCCAUUGCUGCUCUGAAUUAUGGAAUUCCCGUUACACUUAUUGGAGAAGCCGUAUUUAGCCGUUGCUUGUCUGCACUUAAAGACGAGAGGCAAAAUGCAAGCAAGGUGCUUCCUGGACCAAACGCUAAAUUUAGUGGUGAUAAAAAAAAAUUUCUGGAAGAGAUUAGGCAAGCCCUAUAUGCAAGCAAAAUUGUGUCUUAUGCUCAAGGAUUUAUGUUACUUAGAGAGGCAGCCAAAGUACACAAUUGGGAACUAGAUUAUGGUGCUAUUGCACUGAUGUGGCGUGGUGGUUGCAUUAUUCGCUCAGUGUUUCUUGGACAAAUAAAAAAAGCAUUUGACAAAGACCCCAAUUUGAAAUCUUUACUUAUUGCACCAUUUUUCUUGGACGCCCUUACAAAAGCCCAAACCGGAUGGAGAAAUGUUGUAGCUACAGGUGUCACUUUGGGAAUACCGACACCAGCUCUAGCAACAGCCCUUGCGUUCUACGAUGGGUAUAGAUCAGAACGUCUUCCCGCUAAUUUAUUGCAAGCACAGCGAGAUUAUUUUGGAGCUCACACUUAUGAAUUGCUCGGACAAGAAGGAAAGUUUGUUCAUACAAACUGGACUGGCCAUGGCGGGAAUGUGUCCGCGUCCACAUACAUUGCAUAAAGCCUUAAAUUUUGCCCCUUUUUUGUUAAUUUUGGUUAAGUCUAUAUAUUUUUUUAAAUUGGUUUUUGCUCACGUUGUGUAGGUAAAUGUUUAUUAAAAAGUAUUUUUUCUCAGUAA